UAGGAGGACUUGCUGUAGUCAAAUUGAAUCAUCACUCUCAGUGAUACCACCAUGGGAUGCUCAGGGCUGUUGAUUUUGGGCUUUGUCCUAAAUGUGUCUCACUGCUUGGACAUGCUGGAUAUGGAGGAGGACAUGGAGAUUGAUCGUAACGUCACUGGGAUCCUUGGAGAGGACAUCUUCCUCCGCUGUCAGUACCUGGGACAGAAUGACAUCACAGACGCCUCAUGGAAACGCCCAGACUCUAGAAUGAAGCGAUCGAUGAAGAAAUUAACAGGCUACAAGAACAACAAGGCUUUCAGCAAAGACCCAGACUUCUCCACCCCAGCCUCUCCCACCAAUCUGACUGUGAAGAUGAGGGUGUCUACUCUGGAGGCUCAGGGGGAGUACACAUGCGUGUUUGCCACUGAUGAAGAGGAGAUCACUAACAGCAUGUUUCUCACUGUCCUGGCUCGGCCUGAUAUCCACACAGAGGUGACAGAGGACACAGACAACGCUACCCACUACCAGUCAGUCACAUGCUCAGCUACCAAUGGUAAACCUGUGGCUCUGAUUCGCUGGGAGAUCAACGGCUGUCCUCCUACUGACAACUCCUCUGUGGGGAUGAGGAACACCAGUUAUACCAAUGGCACUGCCACUGUGACCAGCAUUCUCCGCUUCCCCACCCACCUACAGGACCAGGACAGGGUGACCUGUGUGGUCCAGCACCCAACCCUGCCUGACCCCACCACACAUGUCACAGUGGGGGUGGAGACCUUCAUGGCUCCCAAUGUGACCAUUGAGACAUACCUGGUUCUAGAGGAUGGGGAGGAGUUCUGGGUGGUCACCUGUGGUGCAGCUGGAGGGCGACCCCGAGCUGACAUCACCCUGGUGCUGCUCAAUCGGGAGGCCAGUUCCAUGCUACAGAAGGAGGUUGUCAUGGAUGCAGCAGACACAUUGGUUAGGUCAUACCGCUUCCCAGCUGAGCUUCAUGAAGGGGAAAACAUCACCUGUCUGUUUGACCACCCUAAGUUCCCACACAGAGAGCUACGGAGCACCACUUUGCCGGCAUUCUAUCUGUCUGCUGUUCGGCUGCUGAACCCAGGGUUGGCAGACCGCAGCAACAAAAGCCAGGCUGUAGAGUCAGUGGUUCUGGAGGAAGGACAGAGCAAAACCACCAUCGGGCUAAAGGUCGUUGGGGAUGUACCACGUUACAGUAUCGUAUGCACCAAAGAAGAGCAGUCUCUCCCUGAGGGUGUGGAGGUGAUUGGCAGUGCUCUAACCCUGCAGGGUCCUGUGGAGCUCUACCAUGCAGGGCUGUAUGAGUGUGAGGCCUCCUACUACAGCCACAGGGCAUCUGUACUGCUGGACAUUACCGUUAACCCACAAGUCAAGCAGUCUGUGACUGUUCCUCCCAGCAUAAGGAUUGAUGUCCAGGACAGACUGGGUAACAGGUUCAUUGAGUGCCUGGCUGCAGACUCCGUCCCUGUUGCCAAUGUGUCCUGGGUUCUACCUGAGGGUGUGUCUGGGCCCUCCUGGUCCAGUCUCACAUCCCAUAAUGGAACCCACUCUGUCAGCAGUGUGUUAGUCCUGCCUGCCUGCUCAGCCCAGGAGCUCAAUAUGGAGUGUGUGAUAGAUCAUUCUGUGUUUGUGUUGCCAGAGAGAAGACAGAUAACACUCCCUGUGUGUGCUCCUCCUAACAUCACCAUCCAGUCCAGCUCUGAGUGGGAGGAAGAUGUAGCAUACACACUAGUGCAGUGCACUGUGGACAGUGUUGGACCUGCUGCCACUAUCUCCUGGAGUCUUGGAGACAGGGACAGUGACAAUAGUACCAGUCAGCUUAAAGAGGGGCAGGAGCAGGAUCAGGGGCAGCCUGAGCACCAUGCCAAUGGCUCUGUGACGGUCUGUAGUGUGUUGAGGCUCCCCACUUCCACGUUCUCUGGUCAGAAUGUCACCUGUGUGGUGGAUCAGCUGGGUCUUGAAAGGCCAGAGAGAAGAGGGAUACUGCUGCGUGGAUUGGAGUCCCCUGUGAUGCGUGUUUUUGUUGCGAGGCAGAGCAGAUCUCUGUGGCUGGCUGUGUGUGAGUACAGAGGGGACGGGAUCAGAGCACACCUCUCUUGGGUUCUACCUGACAACACCACAGGCCACAUCUCCUUCCGCUCUGGGUAUGAAGGUGUGAGAGUGCUAACCAACCUCACCUAUGAGUUCCCACUGGCCCUCCACGAGGGACAGGACCUGACUUGCCUCUUUCAAAAUCACCAUGGACUUAAGGAGAGGAGAACAGUCCAUGUCCCCAGAUACUACAUAUCAUCUGUCAGACUACUGAACCAAACCACUCCCCUGUACAAACAUUAUGGAGAUGAGUCCGUCAUACACCGAAUGUCUCUAAAGGAGAAUUUCCAAAACCAGAGGAUCCUGCUCAAAGUCUAUGGCAGUGUACCAACUUACAACCUCACCUGUCACAGAAAUGAUGGCUCAUUGGUCCAGAUGGAUGGCGGAGCUCUGUUGUUCCAAUCAAAGGUCACGGAGCAGGAUGCGGGCCUCUACACCUGCCACGCCUCUUUCUACCACCAUAAGGCCUCAGUCCUCAUUCAAGUGGAGGUCACCAGUGAAGAUAAACAGCUCAUGAUGGUCUUCAUCGUCUGCUUCUCCUCGGCUGCGGCCAUCUCAAUCCUCCUCAUUGUCACUUUGUGUGUUUUCUGCAAAAUAAAUGGAGGAGACCGCCCAGCAUCUAAGAAGCGCGAGUCGCUGGCACCCCUGACCUCUCUGACCCAGGACCUGUGCUCUCCAGAGUUGAGGAAGGGGAAGGCAGCAGUGACAGUACCAGGAGGAGGAGGCCAGGAGUACAACCAGCUGCUCCGCUACUCUAUUGUCAUUGAUGCCAGAUCCACUGUGUAAAUAACAGGGAGCACUACUUGUGCACUGUAUAGGAAAUAGGGUAUCAUUUGAGUCUGGUUGAUUUAGUUUGGUAGGUAAAAAAAAAACAUACUCAGUAAAUGCAUUUUAAAAAACUUGACAAGGAUAUCGCAAAGGUCAGAAACUUAUUUCCAUUGUGGUCCCUAAAUUCCAUGGUGCAAAAACAUUACAACAUCACAUACAGUUGAAGUCGGACGUGUACAUACACCUUAGCCAAAUGCAUUUAAACUCUGUUUUUCACAAUUCCUGACAUUUAAUCCUAGUACAAAUGCCCUGUCUUAGGUCAGUUAUGAUCACCACUUUAUUUUAAGAAUGUGAAAUGUCAGAAUAAUAGUAGAGAGAAUGAUUUAUUUCAGCUUUUAUUACUUUCAUCACAUUCCCAGUGGGUCAGAAGUUUACAUACACUCAAUAUCAUUUGGUAGCAUUGCCUUUAAAUUGUUUAACUUGGGUCAAAUGUUUCAGGUAGCCUUCCACAAGCACAAUAAGUUGGGUGAAUUUUGGCCCAUUCCUCCUGACAGAGCUGGUGUAACCGAGUCAGGUUUGUAAGGCCUCCUUGAUCACACAUGCUUUUUCAGUUCUGCCAACACAUUUUCUAUAGGUUGAGGUCAGGGAUUUGUGAUGGCCACUCCAAUACCUUGACUUUGUUGUCAUUAAGUCAUUUUGACAUAACUUUGGAAGUAUGCUUGGGGUUAUUGUCCACUUGGAAGACCCAUUUGCGACCAAGCUUUAGCUACCUGACUGAUGUCUUGAGAUGUUAUUUCAAUAUAUCCACGUAAUUAUCCUUCCUCACGCUUUUUUAUGGCAGUUUUGGAGUGGUGGCUUCUUCCUUGCUGAGCGGCCUUUCAGGUUAUGUUGAUAUAGGACUCCUUUUACUAUGGAUAUAGAUACUUUUGUACCCGUUUCAUCCAGCAUCUUCACAAGGUCCUUUGCUGUUGUUCUUAGAUUGAUUUGCACUUUUCGCACUAAAAUACAUUAAUCUCUAGGAGACAGAACGCGUUUCCUUCCUGAGCGGUAUGAUGGCUGCGUGGUCCCAUGGUGUUUAUACUUGCGUACUAUUGUUUGUACAGAUGAACGUGGUACCUUCAGGCUUUUGAAAAUUGCUCCCAAGGAUGAACCAGACUUGUGGAGGCCUGUAAUUUUUUUUCUGAGGUCUUGGCUGAUUUCUUUUGAUUUUCCCAUGAUGUCAAGCAAAGAGGAACUGAGUUUGAAGGUAAGCCUUGAAAUACAUCCACAGGUACACCUCCAAUUGACUAAAUGAUGUCAAUUAGCCUAUCAGAAGCUUCUAAAGCCAUGACAUAAUUUUCUGGAAUUUUCCAAGCUGUUUAAAGGCACAGUCAACUUAGUGUAUGUAAACUUCUGAUCCACUGGAAUUGUGAUACAGUGAAUUAUAAGUUAAAUCAUCUGUAAACAAUUGUUGGAAAAAUGACUUGUGUCAUGCACAAAGUAGAAGUCCUAACCGACUUGCCAAAACUAUAGUUUGUUAACAAGGUAUUUGUGGAGUGGUUGAAAAACUAGAUUUAAUGACUCCAACCUAAGUGUAUGUAAACUUCCGACUUCAACUGUAGAUAGAUACAUUACACAGACAUUUUUUUUUUUCAUUAGCAAGCUUUUGACUGUAGGCAACCACAGGCUUGUACUAUAUGUCAGAGAACAUUCAGAUGGGUCUGCUGACCCAGCUAGAGUAUUCUGUGCAUCACUCUUACGUGAUUCAUGCCAGGAUAUUAAAAUGCAUUAUUUUGUGAAUUUUUCAUGAUUUUUUGUUUUGUUUAUUAGUGUAUUAUUAUGUAUGUCAUGCUUUGGUUUUUUCAAUAAUCGUAAUAUGUUGUAAAGAAAUGAUGUUGAGCGUAGCAACUGUUUGUUUUACUGUUUUUGAUUUCUGGUCCCCACAAGUAUUAAACUUUGAAAGGUUGUUCAUUUUGGUUAUCUAAUGUUGUAAAAUCCGGAGCAUUAUCAUUAAAGUUACUGUAAAUGUG